AUGGAUAUACGUGACUGGAUCCAAACUAAUUUGCACUACCCAUGCAACAUGGCUAAUGAAGAACAGGAAUGGGAUCUGCUAUUCGGAUCAAUUAUAUGGAAUAUUUGGCUGUCAAGGAAUGCGGUUGCUUUUGACUCACCCCUUGAAGACAAUGGAUCCAUCAUUGACAGAAGCCGUAGGCUCCAAAUGAUGAGUAUCCUAGCCAACCAAUCAGAAAGAGCAUCACACGUCCAGGAAGCAAAUCUAAUUUCCACAAACAUGGAGGAGAAGCGGAAUAUAGGGACAAAACCAGCAAUUGAUUGGUUCAAAGUCAACACAGAUGCAGGGAGAAACGCAACCAACGGUAACACUACAUGUGCAGGAAAUUGUGGGGGGAUAUACAUAGGAAUGACGAUUGCAUGGGGCCAAGGAAUUCCACAACUAGAGGUUGAAACGGACAAUAGAGAAGCUCACAGUCUCCUCAACAACAAGGACGAAAACAUUGGUGCUCAGACCAUCAUAUCCCACAUCCGGAGUAUAGAGAAAAGAGAACACUACAGCCACGUCUGUCGUGAAGGAAACCAAGUAGCUGACUCGCUGGCAAAGAUAGCAACUCCCGGAGAGUUCGAUGUGCACAUAAUCCACGAAACUCCACAGAUGGUGAUCAAGAUGCUCCAGGAUGAAGGACACACACAGUAG